UCGUUUCUUCCCCCCCCCUCCCGCAGGUCUGAACGGGGGCAUGAAUGUCAAUGGCUUCUCUACUGUAUCUCACACCACUACUUCAGGGACCUUCACCUCCAGCACGCAUUCCUCGGGGCCCCCCCACCUCCACCCCUACGACUGCCUCUGGGACUACGCGCAGUUCCAGGCCCCCGGCGGCCUCAAGGACGGCAGCCUCGCACAGUUCCCCCUCAACGGCGUCACCGGGGGUUCCCGGCCGUCCUCCCCCGGGCACAGCGCGAACCUGCGGGGCACGGGGCCGGAGCUGUGGGGCAACGGCACGGCCGGAUCCAUGGGGCUGAACUUCGACUCGCAGGAGCUGUACGACUCCUUCCCCGAGCAGAGCUUUGAGCUGAUGCCCAACGGCCCCGCCAGCUUCUACGCAGCCCCGCAGCCGUCCCCCAUGCUGGGCUCCGGAGAGCCGCCCUUCCCGCUGCCCGAAGAGGAGCUGGGGGACGGCGGGGACGAUGCUGAGGCCUCCAAGGAGCUGCCCCCCACCAUCACCGAGAACGGGGCCGGGCUGGUGGGCAGCAUGGAGCUGGAGGACACGCAGCCAGAUCUGAAGCUCUGUGGCUACAACGGCGCAGCGCCCGCCGCCGUGCCGCUGGGCCGGGAAGGCCCGGGCCUGGCCCCCACCGCCGCCGGCCUGGGGCCCGCAUCACCCAUGGCCGCGCCGCUGGAGGACGAGCAGCUGCUGAGCGAGGACCCCCUGGAGCCCUUCGAGGCCUUGGCCAGAGGUAGGGGCGGCGGGCGGGGGGCUGUGGGCGGCGGGCGGCCCUGGCAGGGCGAUGGCGACGGCCGCGGCCCUCGGCGCUGAGCGGCCCUGGCAGGA